AUUUCGAUUACUUUAUCUCUCUCUCUCUCUCUACGAGCUCUUCAUUUUCUCUCUCGCUCUUUCUCACUCUUACAGCACCGCUAUUUCUAUAUCGCCGAUUCAAAACCCUAGAACUCCGAUAACCGAACGGUCGAUUCCGAGCUCCAUUGUUAUCAGACUUCACAUUCCAGAGUUUCAAGACAGACAUCUGAGAAUCAUUAUCCAAGGUGACUGUAUAUUUUCUGAAUAGUGCACUGAUUGUGAUGCGAAGAAUUGGAAGAUUCAGUUGCAAAAUUUUACAGUCAAAGGUUCUGGAGAAUCAUCUAUGCCUGGCAAUGAAUUUGGAGAUAGUGUUCACAAUUUUUUUGCACAAGACAGCUUGCCACAAGUGCAGCAUGGUUCCCCGAUAGAGGACGUCAAUUGGCCAACUUCUAGGGGCAAUAUGUGGACUGGAAGUCAGAGGCAAAUAGGUCUACUCAGUUCCAACAUGAAAAAUUACAAUUUGCAGAACUCUGACUCUGGGAGAGGAAUAAGCGGUUAUCCAUUCAAUGGGCAGCAUGGUUUAAAUUUUACGCAGCCAAUUCCGAGGCCUGAAUUUGCUAAAAGUCAGUCACAAAGCCAGCAGCCAAAUUUGAAUGGCUACAUGUAUGAUAAUCAGUUUUACCACACUAGGCAGGAUGACACAAACUUUCCUGCCGUGGAUACUAGUUCUGAUCAACGUCAUAUAGCUUCAGGAGGAUCAUCUUUUUUUGAGUCGCAGCAAUGGUUGGGUCCUGAGCAGCAUACAAGAGUAUCUGUUAGAUCCGAACCUUCAGACAGUCCUGUCAGUGGGGAGCUUUUUGGUGGUCAGCAAAUCUCUCUUCAGCAAUCAAACAUGCUGCAUUCUUUGCAGCGACAGCAGUCUGGAAUUAAUGACAUGCAGCAAUUUCAACAGCAGGUUAUGUUCAUGAAGAUGCAAGAACUUCAGAGACAACAACAACUUCGUCAACUAGAAGCAAGGCAACAAAGUACAUUAAAUCAAGUUUCUUCCUGUCCCAAAGUAGCAUCUGGUGUCCAUUCCUCUGCAUUAGUUAAUGGCACUGCGGAUUCUGGUGCAUUAACUCAUUCCUGGGCAAAUGAGCUUGGCAGCACAAACUGGUCGCAACAUGGUUCUCCAGUACUUCAAGGCUCCUCCAGUGGACUCAUUCCCACCAAUAAUGGCCAGGCCCAGCGUUUAAUGGGUUUGAUUCCUCAGCAGAUUGAUCAAUCUCUAUAUGGAGUUCCUGUUUCUAGUUCAAGACCAUCUCUAAACCAGUUUUCACAAGGGGUGACAGAUAAGCAAGCAGUGCCGCCAAUGCCAACUGUUAAUAGUUCAUUUCCAGCUAAUCAAUAUGCUCCAUUAGCAGAUCAAGUCAGUGGGCAGGAUGGGAUUUUCCUCUCUAAACAGGGUCUCCAAGUUGAAAGUGCAUUUGGAGAUGGUCCAGGCCAAGCUCCAUCUAAUGCAAUGGGUUUGGGUGUCCUUCCGCAAGCUGAUGCUAUGCAAAAAGCGUCAGCGGUGCAGGAAUUUUGUGGCAGACAGGACAUAGCUGUUCCUCCAGAGACCUCACAGGAGGAAGCAGCAGAGGGAGCUUCUCCCUCUCAGAACGAAGUUGGAUUAGAUCCUACAGAAGAAAGAAUUUUAUUUGGUUCUGAUGAUAAUAUGUUGGCCGCAUUUGGCAAGAGUCCUAUGAGCGGUGAAGGUGGUAAUCCUUUUGAUGGUGCUGAAUUGCUUGAUGGGACUCCUUCUAUCCAAGGUGGUACUUGGAGUGCUCUUAUGCAGUCUGCUGUUGCAGAAACUUCUAGCAAUGAUGUUGGUCUACAGGAGCAGUGGACUGGUUUAAAUUUUCAUAGUGCUGAAAUUCCUUCUGGGAGUCCGAACUUGACAUACAACAGUGAGAGAAACAAAGGAACUUAUGCUGAAGACAACUUGCCCCAAGCUUCAUCGUUGAAUUCUGUUUCUGUUCAUCCCGCUGGUAGCCCCGAUAUGAGAAAUAACUAUCACAAUGUUCUGGGGCAGAGGUUUCCAUUUGAGCCAGGCAAGAUUCUGCAAUCGAAUUCUUCUCAGAGACUUGUACAGUCAUCUGGAGAUGCAGUAAGUGUCUCAAGAGAGAACUCAUUUAAAUGUUCACAAGAUUACAACCAGAAGAAAUUCAUUCAAGGUGAAGUUGUUCAUAGGGGUGCGGGGUGGAAUUCUAAUCUUGGCCGUAAUACUACAGUUACUAUGGGGCACACAGAAUCAUCUGUGGGUAGUCCCCUGGCAAAUUCAGAGGUCUUCAGCUUGCAUAAUUCUGCUGCAAUACCAAACUCAAGUUCCUUGACCAGUGGCGAGGAAACCAGUCAAUUUUUCCAAAAUAAUCAUCAAUCUAGUUAUUGGCAGAAUGCUGAUCCGGUGGUUAAAUCUAUUGUCAGCAAAGGGGAGGUCCUACAGCAUCAUGUUUCUGAGGGCAACCAGCUUUUGCACUCGUCUCUGGAUGUAGGCGACAAAGAGGGUAAAAUGCACGAGACUGAGAACAGCGAUAAACAGGAGAACUCAAAUGACAGCCAUCGCUCUAACUUAUCCCCUCAUUCUUCUGCUGCUGGUGUUAGGGGAAAUGUUAUGUCAGAUGCUAGGGAUUCAAGGCUUCUGCCCACUGGGAAGCAUAAGUUGUCUAAUGAGGUUGGUCGGAGAACUUCUUGGGCUAACAAGUUUCAGUAUCAUCCUAUGGGAAACGUGGAUAAGUAUGCGGAUCCUACUUGUGGAAUGAAACACCCCACUCAUUCUCAGCCUAUGCUGCAGCAGAGUGCCCACGGUAGUCAGUCUAUGUUGGCUCAGGUUCCUACUGCUGAGGCAAAACUGGAAAAGGUGCGUUUGUCUGAUGAGUUGACUGACGGAAAAGGCUAUGGCCAUGUGCACUCUGGUGGGAGCUUUCCUGGUGGUGGAUCUAAUAUGUCUAUGAUGAUAAAUAAAUCUAUUGGGCUACCACCAAAUAUGGCUCCAAAAUCUAGUCCAGACAUGCUACAACUUCUUCAGAAGGCGGACCCGUCGAGAGAGCGUGGUUCUACGGCUCACUUCAACAAUUAUGAACAUAAAGCAUCAUCUGAUGUGCCUGAAGCCGAAAAUUCUGAUGGGUCUGCUGGACACCUCCGGCAUAGUCAGUCUUCUGCCUAUAAAGGUUUUGGUCUUCAACUUGGCCCUCCAUCACAGCAGAUCUCGGUCCAACCCCAUCUCUUGUCAUCUCAAGGUCCUGUUGAAGCAGUUAACUCUUCACAUUCAAGCCAUUCUGCUGCUGAGAUUAGAGAGAAAAGUCGGGGGCAGACGCUCCUUCCUCAUCAGGCUCAAUCCUUGCCUGUCCCUUCUGACCUAUUACAGCGAGAGUUGAAGCAUAACACAUCUGGAGUUCCAGGAAGUACAAUUAAAGAAACUGAAAGGCACAACAUGUAUGGGAGCUUUUCUUCAGCUUCUGGUCAUACUUACUUGAGAAACCAGCUUCAAAAUCCCCAUAUGGUUAGGGCUAGUGGGCAAGAUUCAACAAAUCAGUCUUUUGGUGUAUCUUUUGAGGAACAUACUCCCCAUUCAACAGAAAAAGGAGAUUCUGGCAGUGUGCUGUUGCCAGAUGGGGCUGGCACCAUACCGUAUAGCCCCCCUCUCUCUAUGGGCAAGUCUCAGUUAAGAAAUUUCAAUGGUCCCCAUGGAAGUGUCUCCACUAGUCAAGCCUCGUCCAAGGAGCCAGUGUCAGCUUCCCCGUCUUUUUUGAUGCCUGGGAUAUCUCUGCAGGGGGCAUCUUCCAAGAAGUUAACUAAUAUGCGGACCAAUUUUCCACCCCCACCACACCUUUUUAGUAGUCAGUAUAGCAAGGAUCCUUCCCAUAUCCCCCAGCCAAAUCAGAUGAACAUUAUGGAGUCAUCAUUAUCUGCUCCAGAGAGGCAUGUUGAUCAAGAUGCCAACAAAGGAGGGACUUUCAUAUCUGAGCUUGGUAGUGGUUCAGUGAAUUCUAUGCAUUCUGUCGAGGGGGAACAACUGAGAGGAAAGGAGAACACGUCUGAGCCAGGACCUAUGGAAUAUGUGGAUGAUUCACAGGGUAGAGAAUCUAUUGUCAAGAAUCUCCGCGAAGGAUCUCCUGCAAAUUCCGCCUCUAUGCAGAGAGAUAUUGAAGCCUUUGGCCGAUCACUGAAACCAAAUAGCUUUCCUAAUCAAAGUUAUUCCUUACUAAACCAAAUGUGGACCAUGAAAAAUGCGGAAACCGACCCGAGCAAUCUGACCCUCAAAAGAAUGAAGGUAGCAGACAGCAGUGCAGCUAGUCAGCAAGUCCGGUCUGAUGAUUCUAGAAUGCAAAACUUCUCUGGGCCAGAUGAUUUGCAGAGAAGCGUAUCACUUCAACAUGGAGGAAGGAUGACUCCUCACAAUGUUGCAUUUUGUCCGGAUGAAUCUCAGACUGGCUCUCAUAACAGUAAUACUAGUUCUGUUAAUCCUGAGCAAACUCAGAUUAGUCCACAUAUGGCACCAUCAUGGUUCAAUCAGUACGGAAGCUUCAAAAACGGGCAGAUGUUACAGAUGUAUGAUGCACACAGAGCUGCUGCCAUGAAGACAAUGGAACAGCCUUUAAUUCCUGCAAAUUCUACCAGUGGUUUGUAUGCUUUUAACUCCUUUCAGCAUGUAAUACAUGCAACUGCUGAUAGAAGUCAAAUUGGAAAUCUCGGACGAAGUUCAGUUACCAACGCUGCUGGAACUGACCAUUUUUCUUCUCUACAAACAUUGCCCAUGAACAUUGAUCAGCGGAACCCAAUUAUGAAACCCAAAAAGCGGAGACGUGCUACAUCUGAAUUCACUUCUUGGUACAAAGAAAUUUCUCUGGAUUUAUGCAGUGAUCAGACAAUCAGCCUGGCGGAUAUAGAGUGGGCGAAAGCAGUUAAUAGGCUUACUGAAAAGGUUAAAGAAAUUGAUUCUAUUGAUGAUGGGCCACCAAGGCUUAAAGCUAGAAGAAGGCUUGUGUUGACCACUCAGCUUAUGCAGCAACUAUUUUAUCCUCCGCCGGCAGCAUUUCUAUUUGCAGAUGCUAAAUCGGAGUAUGAGAGCGUGGCCUACUCCAUUUCUAGAUUCGCAUUAGGGGAUGCAUGUGGAAUGGUCUCUUGCUCGAAUGCCGAUACCAAUAUGCCUCAUGAUGGCAAAGAACUUCUUCCUGACAAGUGCAACACAUCUGAGAGAAAUGAUAGACAUCACUUCACCAAAGCUGUGGAGGAGUUAAUGGGAAGAGCGAGGAAGUUAGAAAGUGACUUUGUGAGUUUGGACAAGAGAGCAUCGGUAGCAGACAUGAAAGUGGAAGAACUAGAUCUGGAGAAGUUCUCAAUCUUCCUUCGAUUUGUAAAGUUUCAUGGUCGGGGGCCAUCCAGUGGUGCUGAGUCAUCUUCAACAGAUGCUGCUGCUGCACAUAGCCAUAAACCUGGUCUGGAAGAAUGCAUCACUGUGCUCCCGGUGCCUAAAAUCCUCCCUAAUAGUGUACAAUGUCUUUCACUAUGAUCAUUAAAUAGUUAAUAUUUUUUUCCGCAUUCUCGUCAUCAAUCCACUAGCUCCACAUCCCUUGGGAAGUUUUGUUGCUAAUUAUGUACUGGCACUAGCAGCAGCACAAAUAGAGCCAAACAAGAUGCAAUUGCAGAAAGAAGAGUCUCUAAAUUGCUACCUUGAAUUCAAUAUAGGCAGUCCAUUUUGCAUGUAGGCCAAUUAUGUCAGUUGUCAAGAAAUGUUGUUCGUUCCAUGUUGUCUCUCUCCAUAGUUAGAGAUAGAGAGAUGUCCAUAUGUAGUUAGCUCAGUGUUGUGCAUGUAAUGGUAAUUGUUCAAGUCAGGUGUAGUGUACUCGAAGUUCGCAGCUUCUAGGUAAAUAUAUGAUGCCUAGUCUGAUUUUAGUAGAUAAAUAUGAAUGUCAGCUUUGCCAAA